AUCAAAAUCAACAACGCGACGCCGCGCCAAGCGUCGACUUCUACUCAGUGGAAAAGAGAUGCUGACAGCCUGUCUCUUUCACUUAACCCGCAUUUGCCAAUAAUUUGUUUCAUUCACACGUUCAGCUGAUUCAGUCAAAAUCCCUGAAAAAUCAGUCAACUUCUGAAGUUGAGCCAUAGCGGUUGUGGUUAUUUUCUGUCGAAAAUUGUUUUGCUUUGUAUUGAAAUAAAAUAAAUCUUAUAAAAAUAUCGCAAUGGCUGAAACGGAAAUAAUAUCUAAUAGUGAGAAUAAUGAUCAAUUUUUCGAGGGUGUUGAGAAGUUGAUUGAGAUUUGGUUUACGCCGGUAAAACAUGCGGAUUUGAGAAAAAUCACACGCCAACAAUGGGAGAAUGUACUGAAGAUUGUUCGCUGCGAAAUCAUCUCGUUCACGCAGAGCGACCAGGUUGACGCCUAUGUAUUGAGCGAGAGCAGCAUGUUCGUCUCCCGUCGGCGUUGGAUUCUGAAGACUUGCGGGAAAACAACGCCGUUACGAUGCGUCCGCGCCGUGUUACAGCUCGCGCAGGAAACCGCGGGCCACUCGCGCGUACAGAACGUGUUCUACUCGCGACGGGAGUUCGCGCGACCGGCCGCACAGCUCAAACCGCACGACAACUUCGAUUCAGAGGUUGAACUUCUGGAUUCCUUCUUUGGUGACGGCCGCGCGUAUAUCAUGGGUCCCGAGAAGGACUGUUGGUAUCUCUACACACUUUUGCCUUUGGAAGGCACUGUAGACGCACUGGAGAAAGAGCAAGAAGAGGACGAGGACAUCGGCUACUCCGGCACGGAACCCGAUCAGACCAUCGAGAUCCUCAUGUCGGACCUCGACCCCGCCGUCAUGGACAUCUUCACUCGCGCCACGUCCGCCAACGCCGCGGAGGCUACUAAGGCAUCAGGCAUCGAUAAGCUGAUCCCGGGAAUGGUGAUCGACGAUUACCUGUUUGACCCCUGCGGGUAUUCCAUGAACGGGGUUGCCAAAGAUCGAAAUCUGGAACUACCCUCUGGUUGCUACAUGACCAUCCACAUAACCCCCGAGCCGGCGUGCUCGUACGUGUCGUUCGAGUCCAACGUGUCGGCCAGCAACUACGAGGCUCUGCUGGCGCGAGUGCUGGCCGCCUUCCGCCCCAACAAGUUCCUCGUCACUGUGUUCGCUACUCCGGAUUCCCCGGCGUCGGACGCUUCGCAGCAGCUCAAGAAGUUCUCAUCCCAAGGUCUGUACGAGCAGAAGGAUGCUCAGUUCUGCCGCUUUUCGGGUUACGACCUGCACUACGCUCUGUUCGCCAAAUUCCCCAGCUGAGGACGCGCCUCCGCCCCGCCCCUGCCUGCCCGCGCCCGACACUCGCCCAAAACCGGGAUACCACUCGCGACACCACCCGGGACACUCAAACCCGCCAAAAUCGGGACUAAGACCCCCGCGCGCCACCUCCGACGCGUCUUAGCACAAUCACCGCAAAUACUGUACGAUGACUCGCCGAGAAAAUCCUACCGACUGCGCCAGACCGUGUCACAGAACUGUAAACAACGGGACGUGUAUUUCGAAAAGGACGUGCCAGUUAAAAAGGAACUUGAUGUGCCAUCUGAAAAGUUACAUGACAUGACUCUCGGAAGAUUAGACGAUACAUUUCAUGACGUGCCACUUGGAAAGGGCUACAACAUGACAAUAAUAAGCGAAAACGUGCAACAUGAUAAUGAACAUGACGUGACAUUUAAAAGACACGACGAGGAACAUGGCAUAACAUACGAUGGCACAUUUCGUGACGUACCACUAGAAAAACAUGACGAAAGAGGUACGCGAAUUGAGAAGGAACGCGAUGUACCAUACAGAAGAGAAGCUAGCGUAACACCAGUGAAAUCAGAUAAAGGAGAGGACGUGAGAUACGACCGACACAAUGUGCCAAUUGAAAAGGGACACGAUGAAACACUCGGUAGACAUCACGUGCCGUUUGAAAGGGGUCACAACGUACCAUUCGUAGGGGAACAAAGAAAAUUUUCUGAAAGCACGCCUAUUGAAAUGGCACGUGACAGUGUAGCUUUACUGCGUUCAACGGGCCGAGAGAGCGUAGCAUUACUGCGGCGCAUAGCGUGCGUGCUGUUAGCGUGCCGCUGCCGUGCCAACGGCGCGUGACGCGGCGAAGCGUGCUACUCGCGGCCGCCUUAGGUGUGCCAGCGAUGCCCCAUGCCCGAACGUGCCAGUGACGUGCCACAUUGCCAGUUCCGUGCUUAUAACGCGUCCGUUGUCUUCAUCCUGUGACUGCUAACAUUAGCUUGGCAUAUUGCCAUCUUAGCAUCGUGCCAGCAAUGUGCCACAUUGCCAGUAUCCUGCUUACAACAUACCCCUUAUCUGCCGGCUAAUACAACGUACCCCUUAUCUGCUCGUUGUCGAGUUAAUAUCGUAUCAGUACCACUUUCUGAUUCUGUACUGAUUUCCGCAUUCAGAAUUUUCUGAAUACGGAAACAAGAUCUGUUGGCGUGAAGAUGCUAAUGACUGACAAAGUUGGCGUACGAAAGAAAUCGCGGAAUCCUAAUACAGCUAAAAACAAUGCUGCUGCCAACAGUGGACACAAUUGGUAAAGAAAAACAGCACAGAAUAUAUAACAAACAAAUACAACUCACCAAUUCCUUUGCCCAGAUUAAUUCCGGCCAUAAACAACAGCAAUAUGAAUAAUAUGUAAAUACAACAAUAUUCUCGCUCUGGCAAACUAGUAAUGUGACCAAUACGAGCCAGUACCAUGCCAGUAAUGCCAAUCGUUAGUAAGCGUAUCCUGAAAUGGCCGUGAAGGAAUGCCAGUCCCAUGCCAGUAAUGCCAAUCGUUGGCAAACGUGUCCUGAAAUGGCACGUCUCGCGUUUUGUCUCAACCCGGCACCCCUAGCUUACUAUAGGUACUUAGUACUUAUUACUUUAAGUAGAUUGUGUACUUUAAAAUUUCCUGCACACGUCAUUUAAUGUCUCUUUUUUAAAGCUCCUUGUACAUAAUAAAAAAAUGUUAGAGUCGGGGCACCUUUUCAAUCUGUAAUAUUCAUUAUUAUUUUUAAACUAUUAAAACUUUUUUUACAGUGGAUAUAAUCACUGUUUCAUUAAAAAAAAAAAUAGGUAUAUAACUGAAGAAAAUAAAUAUUUCAAUACACUUUCAAUCAUUUUUUCUAUAACUUAAUAUUUCUCGUGAAAUUUUUAUAUUUUAUUGGUGAUUAUUGACUAGCAUUUUAUGGUGCUCUGACUCUUAUCCUUAACAAACUUAAAAUGGACGGUAGAUUGAAAUUUACUAUCCGUUUUCAAGUUUCCGAUAUUUGCUAAAAUUCUCAUUGAAAUGUAAUGUGUGUUAUAUAAACACUAUAAAAAUUUUGUAUGAUAGGCGUCAUCCUAAUAAAAAAUUGAGUAUUACUUUGCCAAUCUAUGGCGCCCUGGUAUACGUUGGGUCAACAUUUGCAGAACCACUUUGCAUUUGCAUUAGUAGCCAAUGCAUCUGAUAAAAUUACUUCAACAUUGAUGGAGCACAACUGGCUGCCAAUACAGCUAUCCAUAUCCGCUAUAAAAUUGCUAGAAAUAAUAAAUUACUACAUUUAAAUUUAAGUCAAAUCAAAACUAUAUUUUCUAUAUUUUAGACCAAUCCGAUUCCAUUAUUAAUGACAAUAGUAGAAAACCCCUCAUGUUUAAAGGAAGGUCAUAUUUGUGGCAGCGUGCAAUGUCCCAACGUGUAAAAGGGUCUUAUGAGACAGAUACAAGUAAUGCAAUAACUACAUAACACUGCUUUUUAAUACUGCAAUAGAGUAGACUAUGUGACAAUAUUUUUCCAUCUCUAAACAGCUGAAUACUGAAACGUAUCUUAUAACUCAAACUCUACCAAAAUAUUUUUGGGCAUGUCAAAAAUCAGACACUAAUAUCAGUCGUACACAUGGCGUUCCCUAUUAUCAUAACACUGGUAGCUUAUUUUCGCAAAAUGUUCAUAAAUUCUAGCUAAGCUUCUUAUAUAAUCUGUCUUUCUAUGAGUGAACAUCGUAUAAAAAUUCGUACAGUAGAUUCUAAGAUUCGCUCGAAUAAACAGAAACUCUGCUCAGCGGGAGAAGUUUACAAUAUUAUAUAAUUAUUAAAAGCAUUCAAAAUUAUUCUAAGACCGUUUUUGACAUUUGCAAAAUGUUAUAAACCUGACAUCCUCCUAAGUAUAAAUAUAGGUUUGGGACUUCGUCUGUGUUGGUGUUAGCUGGCGGGCGUGCUCUGCUUUUUUGGAGUGUUAUUUUUGUUAAAACUGACUGGAAAGCGCUCUAAAGGGGUGCCGUGCGUAUGUCGGCGAGCGCCGGCACAGACGGGGUCCAUACUUGUAUAGUUUAACUAACUUGUUACAAAUAACUACAUUGGCUAAUCUUUGUAAAGCCAGACGAGAGAGGAAAAACAAAUAUACGUUUCUGUAUUUGGCUGUAAAACUUUCCUGUAUUCGGCUGUAAACCGACUAAUAUCAGAUGUGUACAAAAAACUAAUGUAUAUAAAAUAAGACGUAGCAGGGUGUCGUUCUAUGUGAUGUAACAGUUCCAUUCCAUGAUAUGCGUGAUCCUAAAGUGAUAAUAGAAUUAUUAAAAUUAAUAAAAAAAUACCUAGUAGUGAUGUUGUGACGUGUACUAACACGAUUAUGUUCGCAAUGAAUUGACACGCUCGUAUAGUACCCCGUCCACACACUGCCCGUGUGGCAUGGGAAGGAGCGAGGAAAGGAGGCAGAGACGUACAUAGUGUGGACGCGUUACUCUCAUGUUCCUCGUUCUCUCCCAUCGCUCCCUAUUUUGUCGGUAAGUAUGCAAUAGCGUACAGUUUCGACGUCCAUCGCGUUGCAAAGGCAAGCGACCUAGUGCGGCGGUGUCGCGAUUAAUUGCGCGAGUAGAGCAGUGUGUGGAUGCGCUAUAAAGAAUAUUGUAAACAUUGAUAUAAAUAACAUUAGUGCGUGUAACAUUCACGUAAGUAAAACUUCUUUGACGUGGUGGCAGAUAUUAAGAUUAUUAAAAAUAAUCAUGUAACUCAUGUUUUUAAAAACCUCGUAAUGGCGACCUCAAAACCGCUGUUCUGUUUGGUGGCAUUUUUAAACAUAAAUCUAAGGUAUUCUCAAGUCGAGCCUAAAGAAGUUUACUUGUUGACUGAGUAAUUCACUAAGGCGUAGCCCGCAUAGCGUUUUUAUUCGUGCCUGCACGAAGUAUUUCUUCACAAAUAUUUGCGCGAAUUUAACACCGCACCGCGUGAAAGUAUCAAAUCACCGAUUUUUCCCCUUACGAAUUUUAUAGCGCAAGUAAGAGCAUCUCAAUAAUAUUAUGAUUGCAAGUGUUACAGAAUUGCAAAAAAAAAAAAUCGGGCGAUUUUUAUUCGCUAUGCGGGCUAGCUAAGUUUGUGUAUGUGACAACUAAAAUUGACAUACUGAAGUAAUUUUCGAAUAUUCAUUCUUUUUAAUUUUUUUUAUAUUAUCUUGUUUUAGAUUAAAUCGAUAAAUAGAUUCCUAGUUUGGUUCUAUUGGGUUCAGAAUUAAGGAUUCUUGGAAUUGUUAAUCUUUGGAUUUUAUAUCAAUGUUUCUAUCGUACUUGGUAGUUUAACUUUACUUGGUAAUUUUGAAUAAUCAAAUUGCAUUUUUUUUAUGUAAUGUAUAAAAAUUGGGGCGCACAUGAAAAAAUAUGUGAUAAUGUUAAAAAUGUAAUUAAAAAGAAGGUUUAAAAAAUUAUAGGAAAAUUUAACCUUAAAUGUUUGUCUUUGUAAAAGAAUUUGCGAUGUUAUUUUGAAAGUAGAAGUACAUUAUGUACAAAAUCUUUGUUGUUGCCAAGCAACAAUGUAAUUCGAAGGUAUGAAAAAAAAUGACGCGAUUUUCCAAAAAAAGUAACAAUAAAUAAUAGAUAUGUAGGUAUAUUAUUUGAAUCAUAUUAUAAAUGGGUAAAAAAGCCCUUUAAUUAUAUUAUACCUGUCUAAUGUUAUAUUACCAUGUUACACAAUGUCUCAGUUAUUUAACAUGUUAUAUACAUGUUUUCUGGACUUAAUUGGUGUUUGAAUUAUCUAUUGAAUUUAAAGCAUGACCUAUUGAUUCCGAAACUAAAAAUGACAUUAGAAAUACCUAUGACAAUUAUAGUUUGACAUAUCAGUGAAUGCACAAAAUUUUCGAAAAGGCAUUUAAUUAAAUAAAAAAAGCUUCAUUAAUGUUAGGAAAUUUUGAUAUAAAAAUUAACUGUACAAAUUAUUAUUAUGAAUAAGGUGAUAUUAUUAUGGUUUUACAAAAAUGUGUAACUCAUUCAAAUUAAUAAAGGUGGAAUUUUUGGGAUUUUAAUGCUAAGUCUAUUCAUUUUCCCACCAUAAGAGGGAUAAAUGAAAAUAAAACUUAGCUUGCCUAUAAAAAUGUUUUUACAUUAAGUUUAAGUACUGUAGUGUUGGGGUUAUAUAAAAUAUGUUAAAUCAUUGUUAAUUAUAAGUUGUUACUUAAAAAUGUACGUUAACUAUUACGCAAAUGUAAUUUUUGCCUUGUUAUUCCAGACAAAUCACAGUGCACAGGCGUGUUAUAUUACAAUGUUAUAUGGAAAAUGUUAUUACAAUGAGCAAGCAAUGUGUUAUAUUACCAAUGUUACUGUAUGCAGUCUGUACUAUUUUAUAAGUUUGUCUUCGGUACUGGUGUUGUGUCAAAGCGAUUGGGCCAACAAGCCAACGUUGGUGAAUUAGAUUUAAAGUGGUUUAAUUUGAAUGAGUUAUUGUACAAAAUGACUUUAUCGUAAGAAUUUAUUGUGUGGUAGAAAUAGUUGUA